GGAAAUCCUUGCCUUGAGCUCGUCAACUUUAUUAUCCAGAGACUGAACAUUAGCGAGUAACAUACUCGGAAGUGGUGGGUGGUGUAUGCGCCUCCUGAGUCGGACCAGAAGUCCACUCCGAGCACCUCUUUUCUGCCUGGCGGUGUUAUGGAUCAGCCUCUGGAAUCAGUUCAAUCGCCUUGGGGUGUACAAACAAAGGAUCCGAUUCGGGAAAGUCAUAUUCCUGGUCAUAAUUCUGAUAAUGCUGGUGAGUUACCGCCGCUCUGAUUUCCAAAAGUUCUUCCCGGCAGUAUGUAAUAACAAAACAUUUCCUGGGCUAAUAAUGUAAGAAAUAACACAAACUAAAUACUGCAAAGUUUUCUAAAAGCUAGAAGCACAGCAGCCCUAUCCGUCAGCGACAUUUUCCGCAUCAUACCCCUCUGGGAUCGACCCUUUUUGUGCUUUGCUCUCCAGAGCAGGGCACCAUUCAAAAGAAUGAUCAAUGGGGUAGCAUUGAGUGUAGAGGUUGAUCAAAUAAAUAAAAAAUAUUCCUGGUGUUUGACGCCCAGUUUGGUGAGACAUAGACCUGGUGGCAAUGGCAAGACUGAGAAUAAUCUGUCUUGUUGAGCUUUGACACAGAGUUUCUCCCUGGUAAGGUAAUAUUUGUUAUUUUGUGAGGGCCUAGGUUCUGAACCUGGCCUAGGUUUCGGACAUGUUGCAGCAGUGUGAUCCCACAAUGUGAGAUAUGUGCAGGAUGGCAUAGUCAGAGGGAGUUUAAAGUUGGGAUAGAGAAUGCCUGGGGACCAGAAUUUUUUUAAAUACACUGGAACAAGACAGUGGAAAUGGAAAUGGUCCUAUACAAGCUGAAAUGUUGAAUAAAAUUAUAUUUGAACUUACUCUUUCAAUUUUCCGUGGUCCUUCGAGACAAAAUAUUCACAGGAAAGUAUUAUUUACCUGACUUGUUAGAGUGGUACUGAAGUAGACAUUUCUAUCACAUUUGCAAAAACAUGUAAACACCUGCACGACUUUGGUUAGUAUGCAUGGUUUGCGUGUGUGUGCCUACGGUCAUGAGAAAAACAUAUUGAUUAGACCACACACAUAGACCCGCGUUUUGAAGUUGGUUUAAUAAUACUUUCCUGUGGACAACCGGCAGAGUAAGUUAAAAUAUAAUUUUAUUCAACACUCGUUGUCUACAUAAUUUAGUGACUAGGAUUGAGAAAGCACUGUGUGUCAACUAUGGGGGCGCCCAAGAUGUACACUUAAAAAGUCUAAAUCGAUUCUCAAUUGCGAUGCGGUUCUAGAAACAAAGCCCUUUACUUUAAUACCACAUCAAAAUAGUUUCGCAAAUUAUACACUUACUGUUUUAACUGGCUUUCUUAGAGUUGCAAAAAACAGUAUUAUUCAGUUACAAGUUUCUGGCAGCCUCCUUCCGUUACACACAGGGGUUCAAAGCAUGUUAGAUAGCUAAUUAGCACAGGAGGUCCUUCUGUCUUCUGUAAACAUGUGCUGUAACAUGGAGAUAUGUGCUGCGUUUCAAACUCAUAAAAGACUUACCCUCGCCUUAUGCUCCUGGGGGAAUCCCCGCGGCCAUCUUUGCCGUUGGUCCAAAUGAUUAGUCAAGCAAGGGAAGUUGGCAACGUAAGCCCCUCAGCCCUCGUUUUUGAUAGUUUGCGAGUGUACAACUAUGUUCACUCCGGGCCUGAAACGCCCCAUAAUUCAAUUUGCGAUGAUUGUACACCCACUAAGAAAAGUCUGCCAAAACUUAAAACCAACAUUAAUAUGGAGAAGUCAACAUGCAAGUUGUCUUGUUUUGCACACUUUGUACAAAAUAAUAAAAUGCAGUACUACAGGAUAUUUCUUAACGUAGCUCUUUAUUAGCUAGCUAUAACUGGCAUGUUCACGUAUCGCCAACCAUGAUCAAACUGACCAUGACCAUUUGGGUGGUCUUAACCAAUCAUAGCACAGUAUGAUAUGGUGGUAAACUGCAUCCAAUUACAAUUCAGUAUGUUUACACAUAUGAAUAUUACACAAGUGUAAGUAAAAAAGAAUGCAACUAAGUUUGAAAUUGUCCUACUAAUGCACUUAAGGGCUCAAAUACCUAUCAUAUCAGUAAUUAUGUUUUGUUUGGUUAGCUUUUGGAAACAUUUACUUCCGCACAUAACUUUCCCUGAAAUCACAUACAUUGUAAUUUUCGAUUUACCUGAUAUAACGUAUUAGGAUGGCUAACAUUCGAUGUCUACGGAUGCAUUGUCUUCUAGCCAAGAUAUGAAAUUCAAUCAUAAUUGACUUUAGCGCAUAUAAGGCACACACAACAGUUACCAUGAUGACUGAAAACACAAAGGUGGGAUGAAUGAGUGACAAAUUUCCGGGCAAGAGGGGCCCAUUUAAAAUGAAUUAGUUCUUCCCUUGCCCCUUUCCCUGCAAGUGUCAACUCGUGUCCACUUAAUUUGAGGGCUGAGGGGAGAGCGUGUGUAUUUGAAGUGUUUGGAAUGCAGCCAUUGACGUGUGGGAACACUAAUCCUAACCCUAUAAAGGCCUGUUUUAACCUUGUAUUAUUUUUGCUGAUAUGAAACUUUGCAUUCCUUAUGUUUCCAAAACCAUACCGCAAGCGAUACGUGUUGACGUUUAGAGUUAACAUAAAUUCUAUCAUUAAUAGGCGGUAGUUAAUGUCUAUGAAUGGGGUAGGGCACCCAUACAGCUGGGGAUACGAGGUGCUCUGUGAGAGAGACGGGUUUGAGUGGGGCAGAAAGUUUCCUAUGCUGAGGCAGUGAAGAGAGUAGAGGAUAGUCCAAGGGUAAGUGAUUUGACUGGGAGCCCCCAGUGAGUAGGCCUGAAGAGAGCAAUCCAGGAUGAGUUUUAGUGAGGUAGGAUUUAUUGCUCUUAUUGCUAUGGUUAUUAAUUGUCUGCACUGAUGGCGCGUAAAUCCCAUGAAAUAGAUGUGGUAGUGGCAGCAGCUGUUGGCCUGGAGUAGGAUCUGGUAGGGCUGAAGUAUUGGUUUAUGAGGUAAGUGUGUAUGUGUAGGGUUAGAUAGUGGUGCGAUUUAUUUUCCACCAUCUUUUCUGUGGCAUAAUGUGCCAUUCAUACUCCGACCUGUAAAAGACAGCAAGACAGUGUCAAUUCUGCCUGCCGGAAACUCACAGGAAGAAGUAAACCUAUGCUAGGACAGUUGAAUAUUUACCUUACUGAGUCUUUGGAAUAAAGUUAUUUAUUAUUUUAUAUUCUAUUCUAACACACUGUUAUUUGUAAGCAAGUCUGCUUUGAGCUUGAAAGAUACUGAUCAGAGGAGAUUUUAUGUGUAAUGUAAUAAAGAGUACCGUAAUUCAAAGGACAGCACGCAUUCCUUUUUCAUUUAACCACACCCUUUAAGCUAUGACGCCAACAAAUAAGAUCCUUUCUCUUCUGUGUAAACGGAAGUGAACAGGUGACUUAGAACCAUUUCCAAGCUAACGUUUUUAUUGUUGUUAUUUGGACGUUUAUUAACGCAAUGGAACCUUAAAAUAUGAUCCAUUUAACUGCACAUCAUCACAUACUUACCUCAUGUAGUCUUUAUUUCGCGUUGGAGAUAGGACUUGAUAUAUGUUAUCUAGGUAAUGCUAGCUAGCUGCAAAAGUUAGCAAACAAUGGCUAACUGUAUGGUUUUUCACACUCAAAUAGCCUCCAUCAUGGAGGUGCUAGCGAAUGCAGCAGUGGCAGAGAUCUGUAAAAUCGUAGACGACGACUAUGCAGUGUUCCGUUUGGAAAUUUCUCAAAGCCAGAAAGAAAACAGGGGAUUGCGGAGGAAGCUACAGCUAUUGGAACUAAAGGUGUCACGGGAGCGCGCAGAGAGGACAAUUCGAGAGCGCGUCCUCGCCAGUCGUCCCAGUAGUGUCAAGAUCCUCGACCGAUACAGAGGAAUGGCAAGAGGUGAAGGACAUCUUACUGGAGGCCACAGGGGCUUUGUGAAGCCAGCGGGGCACAACGCGUGGAGAGAUGACCAACCCAUAUCUAUAGAUGAGGGUUGUGGAACCUCAACCCAGCAUGUUAUCGUAAUAGAGUCUGCAGAUGCAGAGGCUGCAGGUCCUGGAGAAUCGUCUCUCGUCAAGCAGGAGAGGACUGAAGGAGAUGACCCACGACACAGCAGAGACAUCCAGACUGGCGUAGUGGCUGGAGUGGUGCCCCCUUUAGCCACGGAGGACCUCGCUUCCCCGCCCCAGCCUAAGAACCGAUGCAGCAUCAUGGAGGAAGAGGAGGGUCCAGAGGUGCUGCUGCUGAAGGAGGAGGGGUGUGAGGAGGGUCUGAGGAACCCUGAGGGGACCAUUGUCAUGGAGGACAACCAGACUCCACCUCCUCCUGAACCCACAGAGGAACCAGCUGAGCAGCACAGGACCACACACAGUCUCACUGAGUCAGUAGACAUGGAGGAUGGGAAGCCUGAUCUGCUGCUGGUCAAAGAAGAGACAAUGAAGGACGGACCAGAGAGCAUUGACCUGAGGAGUGGACUAAAGAUGGGGGAGCAAGAUGGUUGGCUGGAGGCAAACAGAGGAGACUGGGUGGCCAUCUUGGAUUCCCAGACUCUGACUGGUGCAGCAAAGGGCCCAGGGGACAACAUCACUGAACAGGCCAGGACCAGAAGCGACAUAGUGGAGUCUGCAGUCAAUGAGGACUUGUUGAUAUCCAGUGUUGCAGGUGGGAGAGACUGGACCUCUGAGGUGGCUGGUCACAAACCCUGGCCCCGGAUCAGGAUCAUGGAUCAGGAGCCGCCACUCUUCCUUCCUGAGUCGGAUCCGCGACAGAGAAUCCACCACCACACAGAACACAACCAGUGGACAGGUGGACUGAACAAUCUCAGUCCUGGUUGUCAUCAGAGAGACCGAGGCUCCAGUCAGGGAUCCAGUCUGCAGCCCAGACCCUUCUCUUCACAAUCUCAGUGCAGGGAUGAAGCAGGGCCUGGGGCUGAUAGAGAUGGACCCUCCUGUUCCUAUGAUACAAACACUGCAGUAUCCAUGAUGAACAGAGCAGGUCACCCUGGGCUUCAGCCUUCAGAGAGAGUGGUGGGAGACUCCCCUGAUGGGAAUCUAACAGGACAUCUGUCUUCUCUUUCAGGGUCUCGUCUAAUGCCUAGUGACUGGGUUCAUAAAAGGCCUGGACCUGGGUCUAGUCUUCCUCAGCUACCUCAUCGUUACCCUACCAACACAACACACAAUCCCAACAACACCCAAACAAUGGCUAGAGGUCAAGGAGGGAGCUCAAAGACUAACCACAUGAGGGUGGUGGCUCCUGCUUCUACCUCCUCUGGUGUCAUUGGGUCACAAUGUGGGAGGCUGAGUAUUAGGACGGAUGCCGACAAGCCGUACGCCUGCCCCACAUGUGGGAAGCGCUUCGCUCAGGCGAAUUAUGUGAAGAUGCAUCAGACCGUUCACACCAAGGAGAAGCCCUUCAAGUGCAAACUAUGUUACAAGAGCUUCUCCUUCCUGACUAACCUUACCAGACAUAGGAGUGUCCACAAUGGGGAGAAAUCGUAGCAGUGUGGUUUUAGAUGUACACAGAGGAUAUCUGGGAACUAUUCUUUAGCUGACAUAUUAUCGCUAUCUUGUGAAGUGUCUUGGGGUAAGUCCCCCAGUUCAGUGGCGACGCCAGGCAUUUUUCAUAGGGGUGGCCAGAUGGGGCCACUGAAAAUAUUGGGGUGGCAGACCAAAACCAAAAGCCUUAACUGAAUUUCAGGAAUUCUAUUAUGCUGUUGUAGUAUAUAGGCAAGUUGAAAACAAUGUCAAAAUGAGAGUUAAAGAAUCGCAUACUUUGGUUUCUUAUUUUACAGUUAAUGUUACUAUUUAUCUGAUGUGCAUAGACUAAUAUCGGUACAAUUAACAUUUUGAGUUCCACAACAAUCCUGUUUUAAUGUACCUGUAUAUACAUGUGUUUAGGCGAUUCAUUGUUUGUCAAAUAGGCUUGUUGUCCUUUUCCUUAAAAAGACAAAUAUACAGCUUUAAUUUGAAGGAGUACAUUGAUUGUAAGGAACAAUACAUUUACUGGGAACAAG